AAUUGCAGCCAAGUCAGUCCCCAAGGGCUUGCACUGUUUGGCAAUGCGACUCAUGGAGUAGAUAAUUUCACAUCCAGGAAAUUAUACUGAAGGGGAGCCUGAUACUGAGUUUGAGGAUCCCAGUUUAUACCAUUAUGCUAUUUUUUCAGAUAAUGUGAUUGCAGUGUCUGUGGUGGUCAAUUCUGUGGUAAAGAAUGCAGUGGAUCCCUCGAAACAUGUAUUCCACGUAGUUACUAAUAGAAUGAUGGUGGCUACCAUGAAGGUUUAGUUUAAGAUAAGGCCUAUGAGAGGGGGUGCUCAUGUGGAGGUGAAGGAUGUGGAGGAUUUUAAGUUCUUGAAUUCAUCCUCUGUACAGAGGUUGUACUCUGAGAAUGGGGUGGAGAAUGCAACCAAAGAUGUGAACAGUAUGAAGUUUACAAACCCUAACAAACUAUCAAUGCUGAAUUACCUUAGGUUUUAUUUGCCUGAGCUGUACCCAAAAUUGCAUAAGAUUUUAUUCUUGGAUGAUGAUGUUGUGGUGCAGAAGGACUUGACUAGGUUAUGGAAGAUUAAUUUGGAUGGGAAGGUUAAUGGGGCUGUCAAGACUUGCUUUGGGUCAUUCCAUCCUUUUGCCCAUUAUUUGAACUUUUCACAUCCUCUAAUCAGGAAGAGGUUUAACCUCAAGGCCUGUGCUUGGGCUUAUGGGAUGAAUAUUUUUUAUCUUGAUGCUUUGGAGGCGUGAAAAAUGCACGGAGCAAUAUAAUUACUGGCAAAACUUGGUAAAUAGAUCUUUUUAUCUUUAUUUUCUGAGUAUGUUUAACUUAUAAGUACAUUGCUGUAUGUUGCCGUAACCUAUCUGUAAGCAUAACUUGUUAGCUUUUCAUAAGCUUCUAAAUUCUAAUAGGUUUCUUUUCUUGAAAGUUCAUAUUUUUCUUCUUUUCUUUACAGAGGAUAAAGCAUGCUGGCUCAA